AUGGGUUAUGUUUGGGACGAGACGUAUGAGCCCGCUACUGUAGCGUUCAUCCUGCUCGGGGCAGCGCUGGUAUUCAUCAUGGUGCCGGGGCUGGGUUUCCUGUACUCCGGACUGACGCGCAGAAAGUCAGCACUUGCUCAGAUAUGGAUUGUCCUGAUGGCAACACUUGUAGGCAUGGUCCAAUGGUAUUUCUGGGGGUACUCACUAGCGUUCUCAAAAACGUCACUUAAUCAUAAAUUCAUUGGAAACCUGGACUCGUUCGGGUUUCGAAACGUCUACGGGAAAAUCGACGAUGACAGCGAGUACCCGGAAAUCGCAUUUGCUGCUUUCCAAGGGCUGUUCUUGUGCGUCACCCUCAGUAUAAUCGCUGGGUGUACAGCGGAAAGAGGCAGGCUACUGCCACAUACAGUGUUCCUGUUCUGCUUUGCUACAUUGGUUUACUGUCCCGUUACGUAUUGGGUUUGGGCCGCGGAUGGCUGGGCCUAUAGAUGGGGCGUCCUGGACUGGGCUGGAGGCGGCCCUGUGGAAGCCUUGUCAAGUGUUGGCGGCUUUGUCUACUCGGCCUUCUUGGGCAAGCGCAAAGAAAAUCUUUUGAUUAAUUUUAGACCCCAUAAUGUGUCCAUGGUGACCCUAGGAACAUCUCUACUGUGGUUCGGUUGGCUGGGUUUCAACGCAUGCACGUCUCUGACUCCGAACUUGAAGUCCGCGUACGCCUUCAUGAACACCAAUUUGAGUGCUGCCGUCGGGGGUAUGACCUGGUGCUUACUGGAUUACAGACUCGAGAAAAAAUGGUCAACUGUUGGUCUAUGUUCGGGGAUCAUCUGUGGGCUAGUUGCUGCUACUCCUAGUUCCGGCUGCAUCACCCUUUAUGGUUCCAUCAUCCAAGGCAUUGCGGCAGGUGUUGUCUGUAACUUUGCCACUAAGAUCAAGUACUAUCUCAAAGUCGAUGACUCCAUGGAUAUCUUAGCAGAGCACGGGAUUGCUGGUGUCGUGGGUCUUUUUUUCAACGGCUUGUUUGCUGCUGACUGGGUAGUGGGUAUGGAUGGUGUAACUGACCAUGACGGUGGCUGGGUCACCCACAACUACAAACAAAUGUACAAACAAAUUGCUUACAUCGCUGCUGUUUACGGAUACGGUAUUGUAGUCACGGCGCUCAUUUGCUUUGUUAUUGACAAGAUCCCUGGCCUCGCACUGAGGGCCACGGAAGAGGCAGAACAGCAAGGUUUGGAUGAGGACCAAAUCGGCGAGUUUGCAUACGAUUACGUCGAAGUUAGAAGAGACUACUUUUCAUGGGGGGUGAACAACCCGGAUAGUUUGACAGAGGACAACGAGUCGCAUCCACAAGAGGAAAAGCAUUGA